AAGCGCCGCGCUCUCCGUGGAGCACAGCCCCAUCCGUGGCGCGCAGCUGCGUCCAAACGAGCCAGGAUGCAUAGGAUCGCGCGCAGCGCAUAAAGGUUGUGGGCUAGACCACGUGACAAGGGGGCCCGGCAGCCUCGGCGCAAGCCUAACGACUUUGCGCAGGCGCGCUGUGGGCGGGGAGGACGCGCCCCCGGGGGCCGGAUCAGCUGGCAGGAGGCGUGCGCUCUUGCGCUCCCAGAGCCGGCGGCGGGGGCUGUUUUGGUGCGGAGUUCAGCAGGCAGGAGAGGGACAAAGCAGCAGCCGAGGCAGCAGCUCGUAGCGACCAGCCUCCCCCCGCGCGGAUCCUCUUCUGCUUAGGUUGCGUCGGCGUUGCGCGCCCCCCCCCGCUCAUUGCCCGGGUCUGGCCAUCAUGAUCACGCUCCGCUUGUGGGACCACCUGCGGGCCGGCAGCUCCGAGCUGGACUGGUGCGAAGACAACUACACAAUCGUGCCCAGCAUCGCCGAGUUCUACAACACGAUAAGCAACAUCUUAUUUUUUGUUUUGCCACCCAUAUGUAUGUGCUUAUUCCGACAAUAUGCAACCUGCUUCAACAGCGGAAUAUAUUUAAUAUGGACCCUGCUUGUGGUAGUUGGAAUUGGAUCUGUCUACUUCCACGCCACGCUCAGUUUCCUGGGUCAGAUGCUUGAUGAACUCGCUAUACUCUGGGUUUUGAUGUGUGCUCUGGCUCUGUGGUUUCCCAGAAGAUAUCUUCCCAAAAUGUUCAGGAACGACAGGGGCCGAUUUAAGGCAGCAGUGGGCAUCCUCUCUGGGGUCACCACCUGCCUCGCCUUCAUUAAGCCUGCCAUCAAUAACAUCUCGCUGAUGACGCUGGGUCUUCCCUGCAGUGCCUUGCUUGUCGCAGAGCUGAAAAGAUGCGACAACGUGCGAGUGUACAAGCUGGGACUAUUUUCUGGCCUCUGGUGGACUUUGGCUCUAUUUUGUUGGAUCAGCGACAAAGCAUUUUGUGAGAUCUGGUCGUCAUUCAACUUCCCAUAUUUGCACUGCGUAUGGCACAUCCUCAUUUGUAUCGCCGCUUACCUGGGCUGCGUGUGCUUCGCCUACUUUGAUGCCGUCUCGGAGAUCCCUGAGCAAGGCCCUGUCAUUAAGUUCUGGCCCAGCGAGAAGUGGGCGUUCAUCGGGGUCCCUUACGUCUCCCUCCUCUGCGCGCACAAGAAAUCGCCCAUGAAAAUUACAUGAUGUGCAGCGGUUCUAACCUGCCGGAGGAAGAGAGGCCAGAGAACGAGACCUGUGCCUUUUUUCCUCUGUCUCUCUACAAACUGCGGUUCUGCAAAGGGAACCCACGAGGACGUACCUGCGUUUUCCCUGCCUCCCACCCCUCUCUCUGGCUCCCAAGCAAAGUUCUUAGGAGCGAGCAGCAAUGGCAACUCUUUUGCACCCCUUCUCUGUGGUUUUGGCAGAUCUGGAGUUUCCCCCCCCCCCAUUACAAGUCUUGAAUUAUAUUGCUGGCAAUGUUUUGCCGUGUGUUUUGCAUAGCGUUCUCUAGCUGGAACUAGACAUCCUCGGAGAUGUGCGGUUCCUGUUGAAAAGGCGCCAAGCCAAGACCGCCAUCUCUUUUCCCCCUUCCUCAACCACCUGCCUCCCCGCUAAUGUGUGACGUCUUCCACGAUUGAACUCUGCCUCCCUUUUAAUUGGCUGCCAGCUGCUCUUGCAGGGCGGGCACGCCCAGAAUGCUCUGACAUCACAGCAUGUCAACUUUGACAAUGCCACGCGAUUUCCCAUAAAGCCCAGCUCCUGACAAAACCCCUCCGGUCAACUCCGAGAGAGUAUUUAUACAGGCAAUCUUUCGUUGUGAAGUAACCACAGGAUCCAGCUGUUACUGAAGGCUUUUAAAAGGUUUGCUUUGUAGUUCUACCACUAUCGCCUCUCUCACAAACUUGGGAGGAUAUUUAUACCGACAGCAUCUUCAAGGACAAAAUAUAUUUCUAGCCAAUCUGGUCAGAAGUUGUUGGGGGGUUUUUUGGAGGGAGGGCAGGGAUUCACAAGGAAAUAUGUUUUGAGAAGCUGGCUUUUCUUCUCAGUUGCUUGAUUUAGUAGUUUGUAGGCUUAGCACUGAGACUGUUCUGCUCUAGGUCUCCUCCUGUUGUACUAUGGUAAACUCAUUCUCACUGGGCAUUGCCAACUUACGAAUGGCAGCUGGGUCUGUGCUGUGAACCUUUCCCUUGUUGAUUUCUGCAGAUCAGGCUGCUGCUUACGGCAUAGGAACAGGCCAGCCCAGGUUGCCCCUGUCUUGUCCACUGUCCCCGUUACUUGGCAGUGUGAUUAUCUAGUGGCCACUUGCCGCUAGUUGCCACUGGAAGGAAAAAAACAAAACUUGCAUGCAUCUAUACGAUAAUCUUUAUUGCCAUUGUCCCAUACAGAACAACAAAAUUGAAAAAUCUACAUAAAACAUUCAAAACCCAACAGGCCUGCUAUCCCAGCUAUCCCAACCUGGUUAGCCCCCUAAAAACGCUGAUACCCCAUUUUUAAUACAAUAUACUCCCAUAGAGACUCUUUACACUGUGUUUAAAACCAAUAUUGCAUUUUGGUAGAAACUGUUUCUCAGGCGGCUAGUCCUAGUUUUUAUAACCCAGAAGGCAGAAGCUGAAAGAGAUCAUUUCCGGGGUGCGCACCAUCCUGCACUAUCUCUGCAGCUUUCUUUCUUUUCUUUUUUUCAAUUUUUUUAUUAGUUUCCACAAUAUUAUAAACAAACAAACAAACAAACAAACACAUAAAACAGACAAACAUAAAUCAUAGCCUUAUUGAAAAUGACAGUUAUUAACUUUGUUAAGUGACUUCUUCGCUUCCCUUUGGUUGAAUUUCAUUGCUUGUCCUUUUAACGGUUUUCAAAAUCCCAAUUUUUAUGAAAUUUAACUUAAACAUUAACAUCCUUAGACCUUCACCUUAUGGAAUGAAACAUAUUAAUUCAUCACUUAACAUAAAUAAAAUCCUUAGCCCAUUAAGUAUCUGCAAGCUGUUUUCAGUUAAUUUAACUUAACAAAUUUAACUAAAUAAUCAUUAAAUUUAUUCCACUCUUCCUGAUACUCCUCCUCCUUCUGGUCGCGGACUCUUCCGGUUAGGUCGGCUAGUUCCAACUAUCUCUGCAGCU